AAUCUAUUUAUUAUGAUUUAAAAGCAAUUAUUUAUUUAUUUAUUCAUUUUGGGCUAAUAUUACGAAAUGAAUUCACAGCAAAUGAUCGCAUAUCACGUGCCACUCGAGUAUGAGAUACAGUGGUAAUCGACUCGUGAGUUACUGUCACUCCAUGUCAUUAGAAGCCAUUAAUUGUCGUCAACAUCAACGCUUGCAUUGAAGCCGAGGAGCGGAUCUCUGGACACAAGAAUUUUACCACAAAUUUAUAGCCAAUUAAUAGUCCGAUGGAUACCACCGACGGAUCCAAUGGUGUCAAUGGUGUCAAUGGGGUCACUAUGGACUCCAUGCCCUCCCGAUCCCUAUCAGACCACACUCUCGUGAGCGCAGGUGAGCACAGGGAGGCCGUGGAUGUGGUGAAUGGCAUGGGAGUGCAUGUGCUCAAUGGACACCGACUGCCAUCGUAUGUGUCGAUCAGUUGUGCCAUUUCUGGUUACUCUGAUUACAACCAUUAUUGCACCCGAAGACACAUUAGUGUCACUCUCGCGAACUCCACUCAACAACCGGUGAAUCGUCUGAAUGACUCAUUUCAUCGCAAAAAUAGUCUAAUCAGUGAAGCGUUGAUAACGAGUAGACAUAAUGUCAAUGAAGACAUCGAAGACGUUGAGAGCAACGGAACCGAGAGAUCCGUCAAUUUGGCAAAUCGUGACACAAACAGUGAACCAAACGAUAAGAACUCAUUCUUAGAGCAACGGAUCGCCAGUUUGUACGGACAGACGUUCGCCAAAGACUGGAGGGAAUCGCGAACUAAAACCAGACAAAAGUUCAACUCAUCUUUCAUUAUCACUAAACAGAGAAGUCCUUCGUGUCCUCCCAUUCAUAAGACCACAGCCAACAACACCACUUCCAAACUCCCGACACCCGUCACCACCAAAAGCCCACCACAAAGACAUGCGAAUCGCGAGAACAAUAAAAGUGAUGAUCCAAUCGAUACUCAUUCAAUAGAAUUCCCAAAACGGUUACCUAAUUGUGAGACCAAACCACAAGAAUUGGUCAAACAAUUGGAACCACAAAACAAUGGCUCAAAUGAUGAUAAUUCCCGAUCGAUUGAUAAUAAGAGUGAAACCGAGACACAAGUCGUAUCUUCGGAUAGCCUUUCCUGUAAUGACUCGCAAAGCCCUCAAACGAGACCGACGUCUGAAAGGGACGGCAAUUGGUUUUUGAGU